GGAUGUAUAAAGAGGAGGCUGAAAAACCAGCCCCCAGUAGUUGUCCAGGCUCAUCGACUGAUAUUAGGGUUGAUCGAGACUUACCGAAUACGUGGAAUGAGGCCCGAGGUGAACAGGGAUCAAGUUUGCCAUCUGAAGAUGUUAAAAAAUCAAGAUUCAGCUGUUGGCAGGAGAUGCCUGCGGUGAAAGAGAGUGGGGCUCUCACUGCUCUGACUAGAGCAGAAAUAUUACUUCAGGAGAGCAUGUUUGAAGUCGUUACAUCAGAAGCCUCCUACCUGAGGAGCCUCAAUGUUACCAUCGACCACUUCAUGGCCUCGGGAGAGCUCAGCCGACUGCUCACCAAACAGGAUAAGAAGAUAUUGUUUUCUACAAUAACCAAAAUCCAGCAAGUCAGUGAGAAUUUCCUGAUUGAUCUGGAAUGCCGCCUAGACGAGAAUCCUGUGAUCUCGGAUAUCUGUGACAUCACUGAGCACCACGCCAAGCACAGUUUUUCUUCUUACAUUGACUACGUCCGCAACCAGCCCUACCAGGAGAAAAUCUUCCUCCAAUUUACGAAAGAGAAGGCUCAGUUUACAGAGGUGGUUAACAAGCUGCAAGAAGACCCCAUCUGCCACAGACUGCCACUGAAAUCUUUCCUUUUUCUGCCAUUUCAAAGGAUAACCAGAUUAAAGAUUCUAGUUGAGAAUAUCCUGAAGAGAACAGAACAAGGAUGCAACAGGGAGAAGAUGGCAGCAGCAGCACUGAAGGAGGUCUCGAAGAUUGUUGGGGAAUGCAAUAAGGAGGUGGGGAAGAUGAAGCAGACUGAAGAAAUGGUUCAUAUUGGAAACACAAUUGAAUUCACGAAAAUGAAGGCUAUUCCAGUGAUCUCUCAAUUUCGAUGGCUGGUGAAACGCGGAGAACUCUUGGAACUGUCGAUGCAGGAGAAGUUCUUUCGCCUGAAGAAAUUGUCUCCUGUUUAUUUGUUUCUUUUCAAUGACUUGCUUCUGGUGACAGUUCAGAAAGGAGCGGACAGGUUUGUAGUACAGGACUACGCUCAUCGAUCCCUGACAGAAGUUCAGGAAGUGAAGCUGAAUAGCAUUGGUUCGCUGCAGGAGAAUUCCUUUGUUUUAGUCUUGAUUCAGAAUCGCAGGAACGAGUGCUCAAAGCGUCUGGUUAAAGCAUCGAAUCCGACUGAGAAAGCUCGCUGGAUGGAGGCUUUAACACAGAAAAAGAGCAGUGAAAAUGACAAUGAGGAGUCUGAGUAUGAGAAAGUAUAUGAGGAUUGGGACUGCCCUCAAGUCCAAUGCCUGGAAGCAUAUGCUGCACAGCAAGCCGAUGAAUUGAGCCUUGAACCUGCUAAUCUCAUCAACGUUACUCACAAGACAACUGAUGGGUGGUACAAAGGCAUGAGGCUCUCAGAUGGUAAAAUGGGCUGGUUUCCCAACAACUGCGUAAAGGAGAUUAUGAAUGAACAUGUGAGGAGACGGAAUUUGUUGGAACGCUACCGAGUGUUACGAGCCGCAGAAGAAUUACUUCAGAUGAAAAACUGAACGUUUGCUGAGGGACAUUAUUGACCUGGUUUGUCUUCACCAGAACCUGAUGACAAUGGCACCAGGAGUUUCACAUCAAUUCAGUGUGUCACUGUCUGUCUGUCAGGCCUUCAUUGCUUGUGUACUAAAGGUGGCUGGAACGCUUUGUAUCGCAACAAACUCCUCUUCUCAAUGUUCUCUUACUGGUGUAUCUAAUGGGUGACAACAACGGAGAGAGCUGGGAAAACCCAGCAG